UCUAUAUGAGAAUCAAAUUGUCUUCAUGUCUUCACUAAACUCAAACAGCUUCACAAACACAGACAAGAUGCUGAUAAUAUUCAUCAAUCUCUUCACUCUUCUCUCAUGUGUCAGUUCAGCUAAAGUUGUCACACAAAAACCCUCAGUUCUGACAGAAGAAAAAGGAAAAUCUGUCACUAUGGACUGUAAUAUAGGAAAAUAUCAUGGCAACUAUGUUCCUUGGUAUAAACAGCUUCCAAAUGCAGCUCCUCAGUUUGUGUUGCGUUCCCAUCCAAGUACUGGCUCUGCUGAUGCGUAUGGUGCCAGUUUUUCAUCCAGCCAUUUCACAUCUAAAAAAAUUUCAGAUCUUGACUAUCAGCUGAUCAUCAAUAAUGUAGAUGUGAGAGAUUCAGCUGUGUAUUACUGUUACAACUGGGAUGACUCUGCUCGUGAGGGGGUAUUCGGACAAGGAACAAAACUCAUUGUGACCGAUUCAGGUGUUUCUCCUCCUGUUGUGAAGAUUUUGCCUCCAUCCAGUGAAGAUGUGAGCUCCAGUAAAGUGACUCUGGUGUGUUUGAUCAAUGACAUGUCUGUGGGAUUUGCUGAUGUGAGUUGGUUUGUGAAUGGAAACUCAGUUACUGAUGGCGUCUUCACCGGAUCUGCCGAACAGCAGCCGAAUGAGAAAUUCAAGUUGAGCAGUUAUUUAACCAUUGAGAGAUCAGAGUGGGAGAAAGACAAAGAUCUCACAUGUAAAGUGACUGCUGCUGGAAAGAUCACAAACACAAAGAUCAAGAAAUCUCAAUGCAAUUAAUAAAUGCAAAGAUUAUUGUGUGCUAAUUGUUUGUUUUUAUGAAAGCAUGUGUUAAUAGAAACAAUUUAAUGUUUAUGAGAUUUCAUUUCUGCAAACAUUUCUGCUUUUGAUUUUAUUGUAAUUUGAUUUCAAUCCUUAAUAAAUUUGAAUAAACUUCAUAAUAAUCAAA